AUGGAAUCUACGUCUGUGAAGCUGAGCGUUCCUCUUGGGGAGGAAGUCAUUCAACUGUCUACCCUGGACCAACAAGCACAACGAGCCUAUGCCAAUCUUGUGCUCGUUUUCAAACUGAGCCAAAACGCCAGUGUCCAAGAUGUCCUGCAAGGCUUGAAACUUGGUUUGGGAGCUGCAUUGACCGAGUUGCCGGACUUUGCUUCCCUCGUUGUACCGUUACCAGGUUCAAAGAGAAAUGAGCUGCAACUUCAACUUGGGCCUGACUCUGCCGUGCCACUCAAGAUUGUCGAGCAUGCUGUCUUGGUCAACUACGCUGAGAACCACUCGGCCAUGCGACAAAACGGUUGUACAUCUGAUUUAGCCAGAGAUGAGUUUUCUUUGGCAAGCGUUCCCACGGAAGCGUUGUUCAUCCAGCAACCUGCUGCUGAGUUGGCCUGUGCGAAAGAGCUCCCAGCCCUUGUUGCGCAAGCCAACGUGGUUAAUGGAGGGCUCAUACUGGGUCUCUCCUGGCACCACACUGUCAGCGAUGCGAGGGGGAUAAACACGCUGCUGUCGUCGUGGGCUCGGUACACCAAGAUGUGGGCGACUCAGGGGACGAUUGGCUCAGCUACCGCGGCACCAGAGCCGACCAGAGACCGCUGGCGACUGAUUGGCGGUCCGCGCAAUGUCAGUGUCGACCAGUUCAGCGACUACCAGAUCAACUCGGCUGUACGGGCUCCUUUGUCACCCACCGCAGUCCAUCUCUUGGACCGACCAAACACCACAACCGCCGCGGCCAAGCUCAGCACCUGGUAUUUUGGCAAAAAAGCACUGCAGGCUCUAACCACUGCCCUGGGAAGCGUUGUUGCCGAUGGGAGUGACGCUGUGCAUUUUACCAACAGCGAAGCUGUCUCGGCUCUCGUCUGGAAGCACUUGAGUCUGGCUCGGCUUUUGCACCAGGCGCAGGAGCAGGAGCAGGAGCAGGCGCACGACACGUCGCUCUUUUCAACGCGAAUCGACUAUCGCGGGCGUGUGAAGCCAGCCUUUUCCGGCGCAUACAUUGGCAACAUUAACGAGCCAAACGCGCGGGCUCGCAUGCGCCUUGUCGACGUCUGCGCGCCUUCUAGCCCCGAGUCGCUGGCCAUGCUGGCCAUCAAGAUUCGCGAAGCGGUCGCAUCCAUGGAUGGAAAGGCAAUGCGCGAGUUUGUGGGACUGAUUGAAGGGUUACCGGCUGUUACUGAUUUGGCAUGGGAUUUCGAUACCCUUCCCGGCCCUGAUCUAGUCGUGACAGACAUGUCUGGACUGGACACGCUUCAACAAGACUGGGGCGGUGCCCUGGGCCGACCGAUUUGCAUUCGCUCCGGUUCACGCGAAAAGGGCGUUGCCUAUUUCCUCCCGCAGGAUACAGAGGGGGGUUUCGAAGUACAGUUGCAGUGCACAGAUGAUGCUCUUGCUAGACUCCAAAGUGACAGCCUAUUUACUGAAUAUGCCGAAUUCCGCUGCUGA